AUGGUCUCAAUGGUGUUUAUGUUCGUGGUACUAAUCAUGUUUUCGAUGGAUAUAAGAAUCUCUCAAGCUACAUCUCGUAUCACUUUGCAUGAGCCGUCCAUUGUUGAUUACCACCAGCAAUGGAUGCUUCAAUUCUCUCGAGUUUACAAGGAUGACUUCGAGAAACAAAGGAGGCUUGAAGUGUUUAACAAAAACUUGAAAUUCAUUGAAGACUUCAAUAAUAUGGGGAACCAAAGCUACAAACUUGGUGUCAACGAGUUCACGGAUUUGACCGAAGAGGAGUUCCUUGCCACCCACAGCGGUCUAAGGGACGUUAAUGUAACUUCACCAUCUGAAGUUGUUAAUGAGACGAUGUCAUCUUGGUAUUGGAACGCUAGUGAAAUCGUCAGCAUAAGCAAAGACUGGAGAACGGAAGGAGCUGUGACACCAGUUAAAUCUCAAGGAGGAUGUGGAGGUUGUUGGGCGUUCGCAGCGAUUGCAGCGGUGGAAGGUGCGACAAAGAUUGCCGGAAGAAACCUCAUAUCACUGUCCGAACAGCAGCUUCUAGAUUGCGCCAAUAACCAUGGUUGCAAGGGAGGAACAAUGAUAGAAGCUUACAACUACAUAAUAAAAAACCGAGGCAUUGCUUCAGAAAAAGUAUACCCUUACCGUGUGAAAGAGGGCCAGUGCCGGUUCAUUAGACCCGCCACACAAAUCAGAGGGUUCCGAAACGUUCCAUUCAACAGCGAACGUGCGUUACUCCAAGCCGUAUCAAGACAGCCUGUAUCAGUGGGCAUUAGCGACAGGGGCGCAGGUUUCUUUCAAUACAAAGGGGGAGUGUACAACCCGCCGGACUGUGGGAUCAACGUGAAUCAUGCAGUGACGCUCGUUGGGUAUGGGACGAGCCGUGACGGGAUCAAGUACUGGUUGGUUAAGAACUCUUGGGGUAGGAGUUGGGGAGAGUAUGGUUACAUGAGGAUUCGUAGAGAUGUUCAGUGGCCUCAAGGCAUGUGUGGUUUAGCUCAGUAUGCAUCUUAUCCGCUUGCAUAA